AUGCUCGGCUCCAGCAUCCUCGCCGCCCUCGGCGCCGCGGCCCUCGCCCUCGCCGGCACGCCCGUCGAGAGCGGCAACUGGGUCGAGGACAGCCCCAGCUUCUCCAGCCAGGCGUGCGCGGGAGGCACAGUGAGCGGGCUCACCUUCUCGAUCCCCAAGUCGCCCAACGGGGACACGAGCGGCUCCGGGUGCUCCAACGGGCACCUGCGCGCGGAGCGGCGCUACAAGGACGACUACUCGUCGGGGGUGCACCAGUUCGGCGGCACCUUCAAGAUCAAUUCCAUGUCGGGGACGCGCAUCUCCAUCAAGCAGACGUUCAACGGCGACGCGGGGCCGUACUUCAUCCUGGCCGUCGAGCAGGGCGGGCGGCUGUACAGCGUCGAGGGCGGCGCGACGCUCGCCACGGGCGUCGCCACCGUGGGCGCCUCGGUCCGCAUCAACACGGUGCACAACGCGGACAACCACCGCUUCAGCGUCUACGUCAACGGCAAGGAGGCGUUUCGCGACGACAACGCGCCCGGUGGCAGCUUCUACGACAAGAUUGGCGCGUACACGACCAACAGCGGGACGGGCGACAUGAGCAUCACCUGGAGCGACGUGCAGUUCUGGCACCGCGCGUGA